GCGUGAACAGUCGUGCGGCAGACGUGACGAGGAGUGGAGUGCGAUAUACUGCUCUUCGAUCGCUCCUUGGUGCAAGCGCCUCUCGUCUUCCCCAGCUGAAGACGGAGACACUCAACUCACUGCUGGUCGGGGGAGUGCUUCGCCAGCACCACCACCGCCUCCACCCUCCCAGCCACCAUCCCAUCCCUCGUUGUCGCCGCCGCCACCCAGGUGCUCGACAGGACGCGUGGAUGGGGCUGUGAGGUUCCCACGGUGGCAAACUUACGAGGGCGGCGGAGCGAUGGGCAGGACGCGUGGGGGUCUUCUGCUGCUGCUGCUGGGUGUUGUGGCAUGUGGAAGGGCGGACGAUGGCAGCGGGACGGACCUGCCUGGAAGGGGCUCUGCAGCUGCCUCUGAUGUGAAGCAGUCCUCUCCCUUGCUGGCCGCAGACCGCCCUGCAGACACGGGUGGUGGGGAAGGGAGCAGGGAAGUUGAAAGUUCAGAAGUGGACGAGCCAGGCGGCGUGGGCGUGGAGGAGGACGGGCACGGGGCGGGGUCUGGGCACAGCUACGCCGCCCCUUCAGCCUCUUCCCGCAUGCUGUUGGUGGGGAAAGACCUUGCUCCGCCCCUCGCCGCCAACGCCACCACCAACAGGACACGGGACCUUCUGACCUGGCGGCUUAAGGACCAGACGCGCCUCAAGGACCUCACCAACAAGAUCCUUGCCAGCGUCAAGGACCAGUGGCGGCGGAGCGAACAGUCCGGGAUGUUGAACAAGCACCCGCAUGACGUGAGCUCUUCUCGCGGCCAGAGCGAGGCGGGAUCACAGGUGGUGGAGAGGCGCGUGGCGCCGCCCAAGCAGUUCGGCCGCCGCCCCGGCAGACUCAACUGCUCUCGCCAGCGAUGUAAAUCAGCCAACGAGACGAUGGAGCUCCGCCGCCGCCUCCUGCACGACCUCAGGUCCUCCUACAGCGCCCCGCUGCCCUCCAGGAUCCGCUACCGCCUCAAGAAGAAGCCGUCCAUCUACACUUCCAAGAAGCCCAGCACGCGCCACGACAUCGGUGUGCCGGACAUCUACGAGUCUGAGGUGUCCAUCACGCCCAAGCUUCGUCGCCGCCCGUCUACGCGUCGUACUCAGGAUGGUCGUCCCAACAACGAGUUCGGCUUUGCUGCAGACAGAAAAUUCCAGCAGUUUGUUCUGCCGGAGGUGCAGCAGCAUGUUGCCCUUGAGGCCUUGGGGAGGCGAGACUACGCGUCCGCCAACGAUGAGGCUUCAACCCAGCCUUAUAUUCCUCUCAGCCCGGUUCCUGGAGCCGAGAGACCUUCCAGCCUGGUGUACCGGCCCCCAAAGCGCCCGCCUGGCAGUCAGCGACUGCGCACCAGUGGUCUCCUCCGUCGACCAUCUCCCGCUGAGCCUCACUACUUCACCACACCUUCCUCCCUUCAGCACCUCAGCAUUCAGGCUCACCUCCCCUACCGUCGUCCUGUUUCCUUUAGGUACAGCAGGACGGGAACCACGGCCCACGCUGGUCCGACGCGCCCCUCUUCGCCCUUCUCGAAUGUUCGUCCUUCCAGUACCCCUUUGUUUGGUAAAUCAACGCCGCCCGUCCUGAGUGAAUCCAAGGCUCCUCAGAAAACAACGUCGGGUCGCAAGCCUACCACGGAGCCUCCUCGUACGUACCUCCCUCCCACCAAAGAUUAUAUUCCUCCAGAACCUCCUCAGCAAGCACCCGCAUCGAAAGAACCUCCAAGGAAGUAUUUACCUCCGAACCAGGAGUAUAAACCGCCCCCCAAGCCUGCCGAAGAGCCACAUUCGCAGCCACCAAGGAAGUACCUUCCGCCGAACAAGGAGUACCUGCCCCCUAAGGUCGAGGGUCAGGGAGACAGUCUCCCUCCGCCUCCCCAAAAGUACGAACCUCCCACCAACGAAUACCUGCCCCCUAAGGUCGAGGGUCAGGGAGACAGUCUCCCUCAGCCUCCCCAAAAAUACGAACCUCCCACCAACGAAUACUUGCCUCCUAAGGCCGAGGGUCAGGGAGACAGUCUCCCUCGGCCUCCCCAAAAGUACGAACCUCCCACCAACGAAUACUUGCCUCCAAAGACCGUCCCUAAUGCUCCAUCCAGACACUACCUUCCACCUAACAAGAACUACAAGAUUCCCGUUAGAAGGCCUCAAAGACCCCCGUCAGAACAUGCAACCACUGCGGCCGGCUACCCCGAGCCUCCCAGGAAGUACCUUCCUCCAAAUAAAGACUUCGGGUCAGAUGAUGGACGACCCUCGUCUCGUAGACGCCGUCCCCCCAACAAGAGGAGAAGGAAGAACAGGAAACGCCCUACUCCUCCUGGAAGGAAAUACCUCCCCCCUGACAAGGAGUACCUCCCUCCUCCCAGCGCUUCCAAGCAACACAGCGAAGAACCCUUGAGAACCUACGAGGCUCCCACUAAGGAGUACCUCCCUCCUAAGGACUACACCACCGAUUCCGUGACGGCAACCACCGCCACUGUGCCAUAUGCCGUCCCGCCGAGAACCUACCUGCCACCUCGCCUUGACUAUAGCACGCCGGCUCCCACCUACACCACUCCCACGCCUUCCUCAGACUAUGUGCCUCCACAUAUCCCCACCCCGCCCACCACGCCCGGCAAGCAGCCCCACACAGGGUACAGCCCCCCUACAGUGACGUACGAGCCCCCCGUCCGGACCUACCAGCCGCCAAGCAAGGACUACCUCCCGCCCCAGGGGACCACGCUGCCCAGCUGGCUUCAGAGCAUCAAGACGGACCAGGGAUCGGGCCAGCCAGAGGUGUAUGUGUCGCGGUUUCCACCUCCCCUCAAGAUUUUUGCCGACCAUCACACGACCCCGCUUCCCGCAUAUUCCCCUCCCGUGAGGACGUACCAGCCCCCCGUGAGGGAGUACCUCCCGCCCACCACUCCCAAGGUAACUUAUACAGGCCCGCCACCGCCGCCGCCGUCGUUGCACCGACCUCUCGACCCUGCGUUCCUCCCGGUCCCCAAAAAGCCUUCCUCCCACUAUCUUCCUCCCCAGGUCGACUAUCUCCCGCCUGGACACGCUGACGCGUCUCGCCCCCCGUCCACGCCCAAGCCUCACUAUAUCACGAUCGUCCUGCCUCCGGAAACUUCACCCAAACCAGACUACGUUCCACCAGCUCCUCCCAAGAAGGAGUAUGUUCCUCCGUCAUCCCCUAAGCCGGACUAUGUUCCUCCUUCGUCUCCUAAGCCGGAUUAUGUUUCUCCAUCUCCCCCUGAAAAGGAAUACGUCCCUCCAUCAACCCCUAAAGCCGAGUAUGUUCCUCCGUCUACUCCUAAGCAGGAGUAUGUUCCUCCAUCACCUCCAAAAGAGGAGUACGUUCCUCCAUCGUCCCCUAAGCCUGCCUAUGUUCCCCCGUCCCCCACCAAGCCGGAGUACAUUCCCCCUAAAGUGCCCACUUCGGUGGCUCCCUCCAGACGCCCCGCCGCUCACGCCACCACCUACAAACCCUCGCAGGAUCCCAAGGUGAAAAAGCUGCAGGACUUCAGCCAGCCCGGAGACAGCCGCCCGUCUAGGCCCCCCGCGGUCCCUGUGUACAUCCCCACCACCCCUGGCCCCGGAUACAACGAGCUACCGCCCCAUAUUACAGCCUACCAGCCGCUCACCCCGAGGCCCCUCAUCGAAGACUACUAUGACGAUAACUACUACUACGAUGACGACGACGACGACUAUUAUUACUAUUAUGAUGAUGACGAUGAUGAUGAUUACUAUUACGACGAUGAUGACUACUAUGACUACUAUUACUACUAUGAUGACUACGACUACGCCCCCUACCCUGUCUCCCAUCGAACUCCCUACCAGCUCACCUUCCAGGAUGACUACGACAUUCACGAGAGCGACAUCCUGGACUACGGCUACAUCGCCGGCAUCCCAGGCCGAGCAGGGCGUGACUACCCCAUCCUGAGCUACAUCCCUCUCACUUCCUUCGGGUGUGACUUGGUGGCCGAUUACCCGGGCUAUUACGCCGAUAUGGAGGCCGGCUGUCAGGUCUUCCACAUUUGCCACCGUAGUGGCCGCCAGGACUCUUUCCUUUGUCCCAACGGCACCGUGUUCAAUCAGAAGUACUUUGUGUGUGACUGGUGGUACAACUUCGCCUGCGAGGACGCGCCAUUCUUCUAUCCCGUGAACGCCGCCAUCGGUCAGCCGGGCGUACCCCUCCAUAGGAACGCUUUUGAGCCUGACUAUAGGGUGGUGCAUAGCCUCCCGCCCCUCCACCCACGUCCACUCCUACACGCACAGCCUCAUCCGGCCACGCCCAUCCCCCGGCACCCAGGCACCGCGCGAGAGCUGGUCACUCUUGCUCCUCUGCCUCCUCAACUCGUUCAUCCUGCCCUGGGGUGACCUCCAUGACUCCUUCUUUCACCCUCCAGACCUACCGGUUGUGGGGAUGGGAUGACCGGCCUCGCCUGACGCCUCAGGGCACCUCACGACGCCUGCAGGUUCCCCAUCUCCGGCACGCGGCCCCCGAGCAUAACUAAGCUCGGAGGGAACCCUGAAGUGUAGUCAGUUUGAUGUAAAUCGGAUUGGUAUGAGGUUUUAGCAUUUUGGGAAUUGGUAAAAGACAAAUUUGAGAAAGUUCAUGAAAGUCAUCCACUGAGGGAGAUUUGCACAGCCUGGCAACGACGCUCCGCGGCCUGGAUGUGCUGGUCUGUGCAGUGUUCGAGGCGCGUCGCUCCCGUGGCUCUUCUUGAACAGUGCAGACUCGUGGCGGCGUCGUGUUUUGUUUUCUACUGUUAACUUUGUGUUAUCUUUAUUUUAGUUUCUUGUUGUAGUCUCGUUGUAGCACUCUGCUGUAAUUACUUGUUAUGGUCACCUGGUGUAAACUUUUAAUGUAUAACGUCUUGCUGUAGCAGCUUGUUUAGUCUACGAUGAUCAGUUUUUUGCUGCUUCAGUCCUGCAACAGCUUCCCUGUACAGUGGCUCGGCCCCGGCAAGUACCCGUGCAGCCCUGUAGGUUACCUCGUGGCCCACUGUGAGCAUCUAGUCCGUUGUUGUAAAUAUCUUCUCCCUUAGUUUCCUUCCCACUGCUGAUUUUUCUUCCCAUUGUGAUAAGCCUCACUCGUGUGCCUUCAACGUUUUGGACACUUUUAGGCAAAGUUGAUACUAAUAAGAAAGAUGUUCAUUAGUUAUUUUAAUGUUGGAAACUUUAUUUUUUUAUAUCCAAGUGUUUGCAAGUGAACGUGGACGCAUCAUCGCUGCUCUAUUGCCAGUGAGCAGCGGCCGCGCGGCAACCCCGUCCCUCCAAGUGUAUCAAGAGAAACAAACAAGAUGAAGUGUCGCUCAUCUCGAGUAAUAUAAGUUGAUGAGAUACUCUGUUGAAAGGGUCACAAAAAAGUGACGAAUUCCUUUUAUUCGGGUACUUUAAGUACUGUAGAUAAAGCCCCCCCCCCCCCCACACACACACACACUCACACACAGAAACAAACAAACAAACAAACGUGAACCUGAUUAUGAUUAUCGAGGGUAAAGUUUGGGUAUAAUAAAAAUAAUAAGCAAAUUUAUAUUUUCAACUUUGGCGACCCACUUGCUAUCAGUCGUUCAUGAAUCAUUAAAUAUAGACAUAAAAAAAUAUUCAAGGGUUGGUAGUUUCAGACCGAGAACUCUUUCAGUAGAGAACUGGCCAUAUGAAUUUUCUACUUGUUUUGUUUUUAAAUAAUUUUUAAGCAUAUGCAUUCCUCUGUAAGUAAUCGAUUGAUAUUUGCAAUGAGUGGUGCUGUCACGCUACAGUACUUUAUAUAAAGGAAACCGCCAUGCACAGUGUAAACAUUCUAAUGAACUGAUAAUAGGCAGGAAAUGCCUCAUAGGUUUUUGCAUAGUUACUGCUUUUAAAUACCGUUUUCUUUUAGCAAAAUAUUUCUGUAAGUUUAUAUUUUAUUAUAAAAUGUCCCUUA